AUGGCUACUACCACGCAGGAGGCUCCUGUCAGUGGAUUUCCGCCCAUUGUCCCUAAGGACUUCACCGCUCAGCAGCCGGAGACUGUCCGGCUGUAUCCUCUGUCGAACUAUACCUUCGGCACCAAGGAGACACAGCCGGAAGAGGAUCCUUCGGUUCUGGCACGGCUCAAGCGCCUUGAAGAGCACUAUGGCCUCCAUGGAAUGCGACGAACCUGUGAGGGAAUCCUGGUGUGCCACGAGCACAACCAUCCCCAUGUGCUGAUGCUGCAGAUUGCCAAUGCAUUCUUUAAGCUGCCAGGUGAUUAUCUGCAACCUGAGGAUGAUGAGAUUGAAGGUUUCAAGAAGCGCCUGAACGAGCGCCUUGCACCUGUGGGAUCUCAGUUCUCUGGCGAAGGUGUUAAUGAUGACUGGGAAAUUAGCGAUACACUUGCGCAAUGGUGGCGACCCAACUUCGAGACUUUCAUGUACCCGUUCCUGCCUGGCCAUGUCACCCGGCCCAAGGAGUGCAAGAAGUUGUACUUCAUCCGCCUCCCGAAGAAGAAGGUUCUAUCGGUCCCAAAGAACAUGAAACUGCUGGCUGUCCCGCUGUUCGAGCUGUACGAUAACACUGCCCGCUACGGCCCCCAACUUUCUGCCAUCCCCCAUCUCCUAUCGCGAUACAACUUCGAGAUGGUCGACGAGAACGACAACAUCGUUGCUGUGACCCCUGGCACCCCACUGCCUCCUGGCUACACUAUCCCUCCCCGAGUUAUCCUCAACGGUGAUGGCGCAGAAGAUGGACAGGACACCGGUAUGACAGGAGUUGAGGAGGGCAUGAAGAUCGAGUCUCACCAGUAG